GGAGGAUGUACGAGAUGUGGACACACACGCACGCUCGAGCAUCACCAAGGGGUGGAGGGGAGGGUCCAGUGCUGGGGCCCGGAAACGCUAAUGCAGGGCGCUGGGAAAUCCCUGCACGCGAGAAAUUUCGGAAGAGUCCAGGCUCUGGCCAAUCAGCCAGCUGCCUGUUAGAUUGCAUCUGCUGUCUGCUUUCCACGAUGGGAAAGGGAAAGGGGGUCGGCCCAACGUUACGAUUAUACUACUGUAUGUAGUCAGAUUUUGCGCUGGUUUGAUGGCGACGAUAUCACUACACUAACGUCUAUCUGAAGCAACGGACUCUUGACAGAUGACAGGGAGUGUACAAUUUAGUGUAUGUUUAGUUUGGCGUUCGCUAUGUCCAGCUUGUGUUCUACUUGUCAAAAAGUAUGAUAGCGACGGAACCACCCGCGGGGUUGGAAUCUACUUAUCUAGGUACCUAUAUAUUGCUCGUAGAACCAUACCUACACUUUCACGGGCGUCCGGUGAGACCAUCAUCGGGCGUUGGCCAUCUUGGUGGUCUGCAUUCAUUCAUUCAUCACCAUCAUCAAGGCCUGGUUUAUUCUAUGCGCUGAUGUCUCUACAUAAGUAGUAGAGACCUUGCUAUGUAGAGACCCUGAACUGAUUGAUGGGCUAAGACAAGCAUUGGAUAAGGUUGCUGACUGGUCGAGACUCGCCUGUUCAAUAUGGUCCAAUGUGGCCACUAUCAUACUUUAU